AUUAGAAGCAAGGGUGAAGCAGUUGCAGAGACGUCAGGGUUUCGGAGGGUGGAGAAAGAGAGUAAGGGAGGGAGAGGGAGAGGGAGAGAUGACGACCCGUUUCAAGAAGAACAGAAAGAAGAGAGGCCAUGUGAGUGCCGGGCAUGGGCGUAUCGGGAAGCACCGGAAGCACCCCGGAGGGCGAGGUAACGCCGGAGGUAUGCACCAUCACCGGAUCCUGUUCGACAAGUACCAUCCCGGUUAUUUCGGGAAGGUUGGGAUGCGGUACUUCCACAAGCUCCGUAACAAGUUCUAUUGCCCCAUCGUCAACAUCGAUAAGCUCUGGUCGAUGAUCCCUCAAGACGUCAAGGAUAAAGCCUCUCCGGACAAUGUUCCCCAAAUCGAUGUGACCCAGUUUGGUUACUUCAAGGUGCUGGGCAAGGGUGUCUUGCCUCUAUCUCAGCCCAUCGUUGUCAAGACCAAGCUCGUCUCUAAGAUUGCCGAGAAGAAGAUCAAAGAGGCCGGUGGUGCCGUCGUCCUUACUGCGUAGACUUAAAUUUAUGUUUCUAUGUUGGAGGUGAAGAUAGUCAUGUUAGGGUGCAUCAUUUUGUUCGGGAACAUUUCAGCAUUAAGAUGUAGCUCCAGAGCGUAUUGGUGGCGGGAAACCUUCUUAUGUUUUUCAUGUUGGACUGAUUUUGUUAGCUUACAACAAGUUUUCAGACGGAACCAAUUUUUCUUAAAGAGUUAUUCGAUUGAUUAUAUGGCAAUGAUAAUUAGGAUGGUUUAUUUUGCAUUUUCA